GUUAUAAGAACUCAAACAUUCAAUGAAAAGCGGCUACUUUCUGGGAUGUUCUAAUACCUUUUCUGAGUUAGGUCAAGUUGUAGUUGCUUUUUUGUGUGUCACACGCAUGGCGUUUUAGCCCCCACAUCAGCCCAAGUUGUAGUUUUUGAAAAACGUGUAUUUGGACCCUCCAGGCAGGGUCCCAAAGACUAUAGGGGCUUUGUAAGAUGAUCUACUGGAAAACAGGAAGAAAAUUCAAAACUUCAAUUUGAAUCUAUUUUUUCCUUACUCUGUAGAAUUAAUUUUCUUAUGUAUGUUGUAUAACACACAUAACAUAUUUGUACAGUGGUCCUAAUAUCUCUGUAUAUCCAAACAGGUACAUAUAUAUAAUUUACAAAUAAACAUGUAUAUUUGGGGUUCAUUCUCAAUGUUUUGUAGCAGUGGGCUGUAUAAUCAAAAUGUUCAGAGACCACUAAAUUUGUUGGCAGAGGGUUAAAUUGUUGUUAAGAUUUCUUUGGUGUUUUUAAGAAAUAUAUCAAGGUGUAAUACAUGCAUCUGGUUAAAAAAGCAAAUCCUGCAUGAAAGUUUAUAAUAAUAAGUAGUGGUCCUCCAUUCCACCCCCUCCGUCCUCAGCCCUGUUUGAAAAGGCAGUCACUGGAAGAGUUUUUACCCUCAGUGUCUCCGGGGUACCUCCUCUAAGUAAUACCCUCGUGCUGCUAAUGUCUGUGACCAGCAGGCGGCGUUAUCAGUUCAGUUCCUGUGAUGUUAGGGGAAGACGGACUUAUGCUAACCUCCUCCACUUCUCUCAGGAGAGGUGCAUAAUUCUUUCAGUUUCUUGGUUAUGUUUAGUGUGUGUGUGUGUGUGUGUGUGUAAAAACAAAACAUAAAAUUUGCCAUCUUGACCAUUUUUGUGUGCAGUUCAGUUGGGUCAAGUAUAUUCAUGUUGUUGUGAAACUGAUCUCCAGAACUUUCCCAUCGUGUAACUGAAACUCUAUCCACGUUAACUGAUCCGCCCCCGCCCCCAGCAGCCACCGCUGUACUUUCUGUCUCUGUGAGUUUGCUGCUGACACCUCCUCUGAAUGGGAAUCGCACAGCGUUUGUCCUUCUGUGACCAACUACCUCUAUCAUUUUAAAUAAUAUGUUUAAAUUUCUGUUUCUUCCAUCAAUUCCAGAUAGUUACUCCCUCCCUCUGUUCCCUCGUCCUUUUUCUUCUCUCUACAGUUUUAGAUUAUUUAUUCUAUGAGGCCAAAGGGGAAAAUAGGAAAUCCGUAGGGUUAAAACCCCAUAAAGCAGCAUUCACUAACCUCAUUGUACAAGUGGUGCCUUUCAUGUCGAAAUGAACAGUCAGGACAGGGUGUCGAAUGCGGGGGGCAGAGGGAGCCUUGGGCACGAAGGGUGUGAGGGCCACUCCUCUCUGGCCUUUCCAGGGAGCACCAUCAUGUAUGGGGCGCUGCUGCUGUUCGAGUCGGAGUUCGUGCACAUCGUGGCCAUCUCCUUCACAUCAUUGAUCCUCACCGAGCUGCUGAUGGUGGCACUGACCAUCCAGACCUGGCACUGGCUCAUGACGGUGGCUGAGUUGCUCAGCCUGGCCUGCUACAUCGCCUCCCUGGUGUUCCUACAUGAAUUCAUUGAUGUGUACUUCAUCGCCACCUUGUCGUUCUUGUGGAAAGUCUCCGUCAUCACUCUGGUCAGCUGCCUCCCCCUCUACGUCCUCAAAUACUUGCGAAGAAGGUUCUCUCCCCCCAGCUACUCGAAGCUCACGUCCUAGGCUUUGCGCUUGGUGGAGGGGACCCUGGUCUCUGCACUUUCCUGAUGGACAGAGUUCAAGUUCCAUUCAUAUUAACCACCUCCCGUGGAUUUUGCAGUAGUUGCUAACACGUGCAGUUUUGAUGUGACAAGGCUCUGCACGCACACGGAGUCCUAACGCUGAAUAAACAGGAGGGAGGUUCCUAAAAGGCACCCACGCAGGCCUGUUUCAACCCCUGGUAAUUCAUAUUUGAGUGGAUGUGAAUAUGUUAAAACUGGUGGCUCAGCUGAGAGAUUUAUGUGGGUCACUGUGCAAGCUUCCUUAUGACUUGAAUUUCGUUGUCAUGUGAUAAAAAUUUCUGUCUAGUUGAAGGUCGGAGAAGGCUUGUUUUGUGUGUUUUUUCUACCACUCUUAAUGCGUGUGUACUCUAAGUCUUUCUUGCUCUUAAAAAGUGGUUUCAGAAAAUA